GAGAAUCAUACCCCUAGACCAACGAGCCAUGCAGAUAAUCGGAAAAUAAUACAUUUUUAUAAUUUACUACUUAAAACGAGUGCAACGUUCAUUCAAUUGAAAAAGAAGAACUUCACAGACACUUUGAAAGUGAGCUAGUAGCGGACCGAGUUACUGAACUAAAAACGUGAACAAUUCCCCUUUCUUGCACAUAACCACGAAUACUCAAGAACAUGAGGAUGGAAUAUCGAUUGAUGCUUUUUUAAAAACACAUGGUUGUUUCUAAAUAGUCAUUCAUUUUUAAUAUUUUCUACUCUGUCGCACCAUCAGUUCAAGAACAACCAUUUUAGAGGAGACUCAUUUACUUUCCUCACAUAGUGUAUAUAGUUUACACAAAAGUCGCACUCACUUACACAUGAAACCUCUGAGGUUAGUCACUUCUGCAUAUUAGCCACAUUGAGAUAAUGUCCACGUAAAGUUACUUCAAGUAAAUAGUGCACUUUACAGCUACUCUACUAUAUCUCUCAGCUGCAGGUGAACAUUGGCGCCCCCUGUUGGCUAUAAUUGAAGGUGAGUUCAAAUGUUUGAUGAAUGGAAAAUCAAAACCUGCUCCUUAUAUCAUACAGUUACACAAUUAUGCAUGCAAAAUGUCAAACACUUGAAACUGUGGUAAGAUUGAAUAUUGGAGAGGUAGGGCCCAUGUGCCAUCGGCCCUUUUGUCAUUGCUAGCACACCAGCACUCACGCAAAAAAACUCACAUCUUAAAGUUUAUAUGGAGAAAAGAGCUUUGAUGCUGUUUUGCCCAAAAAGAUAGUGUUAUGUCGUUCACAAACGAUUCGUUCAAAAUAAUAGAAUAUUUUAAGCGAACGUCCUGAACCGAGUCACUUCCUUAAGUGAUCUGUUUGCUUCUCACUUCAGCCGAGCUGUCAGAAGUGCAGCACACAGCAUUGCCAGGCCAGCAGCCAUUGAACGAGGGACUGCCAUGCACUGACGCCUGAAUCACUUGGUAAACGAAUCACGCAUUGAACUACACUCUCUGGAAUAAUUUUUGUCGGACAAAACUACCCUUUUUUUACUGCUAUAUUGCCACCACACCAACUUCUAUACAAUAGGACACAGCAUGUAACAAGCAGUGCAUAGCAUGGACAAAAGUGAAAAAAUAUCAAAUUGCACAAAAUAAAGACAUGUCAUUUUACUGCAUUCAGGCCACAUUAUUAAGAAACCGAGGAGGACCAUGCCGUAAUGCAUGCCUUUCGAAAUAAGCUAUUUUUCAAAAUAAAAGACAUGUUCUGGACCCAUCGAGAACGUGUCUGCGACCCACUUUUGGGUCGGGACCCACCAGUUGAGAACCACUGAUCUAGAAUAGAUUACAAACUCAUCACAAGCUAUUUACUUCCUCUGAAGCUGCUGAAACAAUAAGCAUUUACGUUUUUUGAGAAAGUAUUUACAACUUCAUAGGUUUCCUUACAGUUUCAGAAACAGAAACUGUCGGGGAAAACAGAGUAACAUGAGGAUUUUCCUGUAACUGAUGGUAUUUGGUUUCACUCUUCAGUUCAGGGUCUAUGACUUAGGGGCCAACUAUGAGCACAUUGACCAAGACAUGCAAAAGCAUCUAGUUUCUUGGGGACUGAUACUUCUUUUAUUAUUGUUAGAACCGCUUUUACAAAGCACUAUCCUUUUAAUUAUAAAAAGUUAAAACUCUUCCUCAUAAAACUAAUGAUAAAAGUCAUUGAUCAGGUUGUCUAUCUUAGUCAGAAGCAGUCAUGUCUUGUCCUGUCUGGUGGACUGUGUAGUGGUGGCCCUGUAGCAGCAGGAGCAGCUCUCUCUCUCUCGCCCAGUGCAUUGUGGUCUGUGUGCUAAAGGAAGCUGCUGCACCGGAAUCUGAAGAAUUUGAGGUGUCCGCCAAGUCUGCUGUUCAUCGUCGGCUCGUCUAUCUGUGUGUCGAUCUGCAUUAUACUUUCUACGGACGGGCUGUACGGUAAAUCUACUUGUUAAUCUAUAAGUCUUUCGCAGGGUGUCUUAAUUCCUCGUUAACCACAGUCAAACCACCGACGCUAACAUUAGCUGCUGAAGUUAACAUCCAGCAGGAGAAGCUACUCGGCUAGUUAGUUGAUAGUGCUAUGCUAAGCUUGUUCGUACCAAUUACCCAACAGCCAGCGGGUAGUUAGCUUUGGUCAACAGCUUAAAUUGGACUAAUUUAGGUAGUUUUUUGUGUAAAGGAAGUGUCAAACAGCGUUUCUUUUUGUCGAAGAUAUCAGCAUCAGCACAUGUCACACCCACUGUGCCGUUACCGUUAGACCGACAGCAACGGCUAAUUAAACAGCUAAUUUCAUCCCAACUCACUGACACAUAAAAGAGGCGGUUUGUCCAGUUAGGAAGUUACUCACAUAUGAUUCUUCUUCUAACCUAGCUUUAUUAUGCCUUUUAAACUGACUUAAAGCUGGAUUUGUGCAGCCUGGAUACACUGGGGCUGUUUCAUCCCUACACUGUGCCUCUCACAGUGUGCAGAUGCAUCGAUUUAUCGACGAGAGCAUCGAUAUAUCGGCAGAGCGUAUCGGUUUGGCCUUUUUGCAAAGAGCCCAUUGAGAUAUUACAUAUGGGUAGUUAGCAACAAAUAUAUGUUUUAUAAAAGUAAGCUGGGUGAAAAUAACAUAAAACCGUCGGACGGUCUUUUUUGUGUGGUUAUUCACAUUUCCGCUUUUUUAGAUUUUGGUAAUGCAUUUACAUGAACGCAUUUGAAUAGUUUUUUUUUUGUUUUUUUUGUUUUUUUUCGGAAAAUGUGAAAAAGGUUAUGUUUUAUUUUUACAAUUGAAUUCCUUCUCUCUCAAAGAUACUGUAAUGACAGUUUUAUACAUACAUUUUUAAAAUUUUGAAUAGUUUUCCAGUGUCCUAAAAAUCCCAAACAAACUAGUUAUUUUUUCAAUCAGCUGAUUUCGUGGUUGUGUCAAUAGGAAUUUUAUUUCUAGCUAACUGACUAAUCUAAAGGUAAGAAAAUACAUAUAACAAAGUCAUCACUGAGCAUACUUUAUGUACCAGGGCCAAACAGAGGACUGAAAAAGUCUGUGAGCUAACACUGUGAAAUUGGUUUGCUUAAGCGGGGUACACACAUAAGGGUUUUUUUUAAAUCUGAAGAGAUUUUUUUAUCUGUUCCAGACCCCACACAUGAAGAUAAAAAAUCAGGCAUUGAACAGUUUUAAUUGUACUCUGUGUGGUGUGCUCCAAUAAUCUCAACACAGCACACCACACACAAAACGAUUCUUUUCCACCACCGAUCUAGAAUCUAGUCCUCCAAGACAUAAAUCUCGCGUUAUAAAACGUGAUCGAACAACGAAAAAGAAGAAACAUAGCAACAACCAGGAAACACAAGACGCAACAUGGAAGAGGACACGCAAGAGGCGGGAAUGAUGGUGGUUUUAGGAGUAUUUUUGACAGAAAAAUCCCGUACUAAAAAAAAACAUUUAAAAAGAUUAAAAAGAAAAUUAUUUUUAUCCGCUUUCUUUGGUUCCUUGUUCCUCAGUCAGCUCGCUUCUUGAUUGGCUACGUUCCGUUUCAAGCGACAACUCACAGAGUCAUGACUUGGGAGUCAUCGGCUUUCCUCACACACGUGAAGAUUUUUGGUCGUAAAUUUUGAACAAGUUUAAUAUUCACGAUUGUCGGCCCCGACCAGUUUCGGACCCAAUUAUUGGGACAAAGUCACUCUGAAUACACCUCAGACCACAGGAUAAUCUUGUAGGAUAAUCUUAGAAGACAUGAGAUAAUAAAAUCCGAUUGUCAUCCUUGGUUGGGAGGAGGAACAGCGGGACAAAAACAGCCUGAUUAUCUUUAUGUGUGUACCCCGCUUUAGUGUGUCUAACAUUAGCAGAGCUAACACCACCAGCCUCUGGUCCUACUUGUAUGUUAUCAUGCUCAUGCUUGUGCUGGUUACUUUGUCCAAUGGUAAAGCCCACAUCUGGAUAGUUGAGUGAUGUAGCAUUAGGCAGUUGCCAUUGGCCAGUGUCACAGUCCAGUGUAGUGGCAGAUGCCUGCGCUGUGAUUCAGACACAAAUAUGACUGACAUUUCAGGCCUACCACAAUAAAAACAUUAACCACUCAGUAAUUCUGUGGCAGAUUUGCAAGUGGGAUGACGUUCAAUUGUGAAGUCAGCCAAGUGUGCACUUCCCCUCGAACAUGACAAAACAUUAGUAUCGAAGUCAGUUAUCAGCUGUUUUGAACAUUAAGAAUUAGUAUUUGCCCGGGUUUUGCAAUUCAUCGCAGUCCAAGUUUCAUAUAUCAACUAUGACACAACCAGAUGGUAAAUACACCAACAGCUGAAAAGAUGUUGGGAAUACAAGCGCAAGUAUAGCAUGAUCUGUUUUACCCUGAGAUCAGUGCAGCUGUAGUUCAGUUCACAUAGCAGGAAAAGAGUUUUUCUGUGGUGAGACAGAACCUUACAGAGCACAUACCAGACUUCCUGUCUCUCACACUUUCAGGCCUUUCAGUAUGAGCUGAUAAGGGUUACCCUUGAUUUUAUACAAGGUUCACGUAGACCUGAGUUUUUUGCAAAAUUUGAGUCUUGCUAGCAGCCAGGUGUUGUUUUAGUUUCUGAGUGUGAUAAGUCUGUGUUAUCUCUUUCAGGGUUGACAAGGGGAAAAAUGUCUCAGGCUGACAAAAUGAAGGUGAGACAGACAUUACAUCUGAGCAUGCUGUAAUACCAGGUUACCUCUUCCGCCUUAGGGACUGUUCUCACGAAAGAGUUGAAAUGAUAAUGACCAAAGUGUGUAUGAGUAAUAUGCAGCCACUCUCUGCUUUAAACUUCACAGUUAGGGUUGUUGGAACUGUGUAUUCCUGCUCUUUUCAAUGGCACCAUUUGUGCUUUGCUGCUUCCCUCACAUUACUUCCUGCAUUCUGGUGUGGCUCCCAAAAAAAAUAUCACUGGAUCACUGGGACAAAUUCUCAGCAGGCGUGUCCUCCACUCAUGACUCACUGAUAUGGCUCAAAUGCAGAGCAAGAAUGCGCCACAUAUCAAUAUGAAUUCUGCCGAAGGAAACAAGGAAGAACAGAAAAGAGAGGAUUUGUAAAUCUCUUAUACUGUGAGGCCAAAGUACGUCAUGUAAUGGUAAUUUGAAUCUUUGUGACUGAUUUGAAGUUGCCUCUGUCUCGCAUUUCUACAGGGGAUAUUAAAACCUGCACAGAUUGUCUGCUUCUUCUUGGUCUAGCUCUCUGCGUAGGAGAGAGAGCCAUAAACACUGGAAUGAAGGGUUUUGGAAGUAGACUGCAAAGAAGUCACUGUUAUCUGCCUAAAUGACCUCACUGUCAGUGAACAGAUGUCACCUCAGUGGUUGAAGUUCCUGCUCUAAAACUUGGCAGUCACAUGUCCAUUAUGAAAAACUCAAAGUAUGUUUCACUUUAACCUGAUUCGAGUGGAAGUCUACAGUUUGAGCAUUUCUACAAUAUAUCCUUUCAACUCAAGUAUGAAGGUCACCAAACAUGUUUUUCUUGUAACUCAUGACUCUUGUAUAUUUUUAUACCACCCUUUUGUCUAACAGCAGGGACAGUUCAACAACCCUGAGACUCCAGGAUACGUGGGAUUUGCCAACCUGCCAAAUCAGGUUCAUCGCAAGUCAGUAAAGAAAGGAUUUGAGUUCACGCUGAUGGUCGUAGGUGAGUGCGUGGACACUGUAGCACAGGUUUAAUCCUGCCCUUUACUCCUGCUUGUUUUGUGAUACUUUUGUGAUUUGUCUGAAAAGGAGUGAAGAUUGUAGUGAUAGCAAAGCUUAGAAAAGACAUGUCGAGUAAACAUGGACGUUAUUUGAUUUUCUGCGAGAAACUUCCUGUGGGAUCUUGCUCAGCUGCUGCAGCCUUAGCUACAAAAUGACAUCUUUUUUUCACAUCUGCAUUGACAUCUCUAUUUUCGUUGCACAUCAGGUAGUUGCUUCUUCUUUUUCAUGGUUUUGUGUAUGAAACCUGAAGCUGGUAGAAACAGGCAAAUGUCCUAUCAGUAAAGUAGCUCAGCUGAUCUGGCAUAAACUCCUGAUGUGAACACUGACUGUGUAAACCUCCCUGCUUGUCUGUGAGGGGGGGAGGGUAGAGGCUCCCCUGAAUACUGCUGCUCAUCCUUUUUGCUUUAAAAUAAACCAGAGAGGAAUGCAGGCUGCAGGCCUCGGGGGUCUGAUUCACACAGUGGACAAGGGGACAAGGGCCUGCCUGCCGGUCGCUGUGCUUCAAGAACGCAAACUGAAAGCUAAUUUUUAACUGAGUGUUUAAUUUUGUUUUUAGUUUAUAUAAAAAAUAUACGAGCUGAUUAAAAAAAAUCUGUACAUACAUGCAUUUGGAAAGUUUCCAGACGGGAUGUAGUUACACUGUACAGCUUUUGCUGUGACUCUGGUGGGAGUCACUGAAGUCACAUUCCAGAGUAAAACAUACAAGCUUCAAGAUUUACUCAAGAUUUGAACAUUUUUACAGUUUUAUAAGGUACAGGAAGUUACUUUUAUUUCAUUCAAUUCUGCUGCUUUCAGGUGUCCGACACCUGAAAUACAACGAGAGUAAAAAAAAUCUUAGAGGGACAGCAAGAAUGUUUUGACUGAUAUGAAGCUUGUCUCUGUUCUUCAAACUACAUCCCAGAAGGUGACAGUGUCGGUGACAAAAUGUGCAUGGACUUAUUUUUAUAAGUCUAUUAGAACUCAGACUGUAUCUGCAAGGACCUAAAAACUGAAACCAGUUUACAGUCUUUUCUGUUAUAUCCUGUGUGAAGAUAAAGUCGCUGUAAAGAAAUGUAGGACAUUCUUGGUGAAAGUGAAACCAGUUAUUGCUUACAUUCAUGCUAAAGUCAGAUUUAGCACCAUGAUGUUGAUCCUGUUGCAUUCAGCUUCUGUGAUUUUGAGUAUUUCAGACUAAUUUUUCUCAUACUUACCUCGAUUCUACUGCUGCUAACACAUCAGUGCUUUGUGUUACUCUUUCUUUGUCAAAGGUGAAUCUGGACUGGGAAAAUCGACCUUGAUUAACAGCCUCUUUCUCACUGACCUUUACCCUGAGAGAGUCAUCCCCGGAGCAGCAGGUAAAACCCAUCAACUCUAAAUAACCUUUUCACUGAAGCUACUUUGUUUUACUUCUCUUAAAUGUAUGUAUUAAAUGCACAUAAUCAUCCAGAACUGACCAUAGUUCUGCCUGUCAGAGGAGGACAUGGAUGAACACAUUUCUCUUAUGUUGUUCUGACAGAAAAGAUAGAAAGGACGGUUCAGAUUGAGGCGUCAACGGUAGAAAUUGAGGAGCGAGGAGUGAAGCUACGUCUCACUGUGGUAGACACACCAGGAUAUGGAGACGCCAUCAACAGCCAAGACUGGUAUGAAAUCUUUGAGGGCGUAAAGCUUAUGACAAGAUGAGGUAUUUUUAGAUUUGGACUAGAGUGUCAAUCCUGUGAUCUCGAGCAGUGAUGAGCCUGAAGCCUCGAAAUAUUUUGAUCAAAAUCAAGAAGAGUUCUGUGAAACUUUCCUCUUGAUUCAAGUCUUCAAUGAGUGUGAUUUUUACAUCCAAAUCCAUUGAACAAAAUUCAACCAGGUCUUUUGAUCUCAAGAAAAAUAGAUAUUUUAGAAAAUUCCUCCAGUUGGAGAAGCAGCAAGACAGAUGAUGUCAAUUCAGGUUUUAUCAGCAUUGAACCAUCUACUUACAAGAUGAAAACAAUACACUGUUCAUGCAUUCAUAUCAUGUUCAUCCCUUGUCAGUUUCAGCACCAUAAUCAGCUACAUCGACGACCAGUUUGAGCGCUACCUCCAUGAUGAGAGUGGACUCAAUCGUAGACACAUUGUGGACAACAGAGUUCACUGUUGUUUUUAUUUUAUCUCCCCGCUGGGCCACGGGUGAGUCCUGCGUUAUAUAACUUCAUACAUUACAAAGACGACUUGCACUCUGUCAAAGUCAUAUUCUCUGCUUCCAGCUACAUUUUCUCUCAGUUUCCUUUUCUCUCUCUCUCCGCUCUGAUUUGUCUGUUUCUGGUACGAACAGCCUCAAGCCUCUUGAUGUUCAGUUUAUGAAGGCCAUUCACAAUAAGGUCAACGUGGUUCCUGUCAUUGCCAAGGCAGACACACUCACCCUCAAAGAGAGGGAGAGGCUCAAGCGCAGGGUAAGGACAACAGUCAUCCAUUGUUCAGGAAUUUUCCCGCUUCCUGAAAUAAACUGUAGCUAUCAUGUGCUGGGAAUCAUGCGUGAAUAUAUUGUACUGUGCUAAACAUGGCUUUGAAUUUGACUUAAGGAUGCUUCAGUGAGACAGUCAGUGUCAAGGCUGAGAUUUUCCUAUCUUACUUUUCGUUUUUAGCAUGAACACAACAGGCUGUAAAAGACCAAGUUCAUAACUUGUGUUUUAUUUGUUAGAUUCUGGAUGAGAUAGAUGAACAUGGCAUUAAGAUUUACCACCUUCCUGAUGCUGAGUCGGAUGAAGACGAGGACUUUAAAGAGCAGACAAGGAUCCUCAAGGUAAACGCUCAAAAGUUUCAUCCUCUUAAAAAAAGUAGAUAAAAGUAGACAACCGCAUGUCUCUGGUAAAUGUCUGCUGAAAUCGCUUCAUUUCUCUUUGCUUUGGUUUUUGGAGUGGAAAUGAUCAAUGUGUGAUUGAACUGAAUCUGAAGACACAGAAUUGCCUCUUCUUUUCCAGGCUAGCAUCCCAUUUGCAGUCGUGGGAUCCAACCAGCAGAUUGAGGCCAAGGGGAAGAAAGUGAGGGGCCGCCUGUACCCCUGGGGAGUCGUGGAGGUGGAGAACCCAGAACACAAUGACUUCCUGAAGCUGCGGAUCAUGCUGAUGUAAGUGACAGAGGAAGCUGAACUCACUGCUUUCUAUUCAUUCAAGUUUGAGCGAAGUGAGGAGUUGUAAAACUCUGCUUAUCCCGUUUGUUUUCUUCCAAAUGCUGAGGAAAGAGGCUGCAGCCAACUUGUUCAUUUGCCAGGAUGCUUUUCAGACACAGUGAGCCAAGUCUAUCCCUGCCAGUAACCUCUUUGUGAAGGUGUAGCUAAUUAGAAAAAGGGUUGGCGCCAAAAUGGAGGCACAUAGCUGUGUCCCAAAGUAACACUAAGUACCAGCAACACUGACAUGUGGUCGGGAUAAAACCAAGAGGGUUUCUCCCAAUGUGAGGUGCGGUGGAUUAAAGACAUUCAGAUGUUUUCUUGUCAGUCAAAAAACUGCCAGGAUGUCAGAUUCUGAUUGGAUUAAAAUAACAUGUAGCUAAUAUGGCAAGAUGUGUACUUUUCAUUUAACUUAAACCUUGCGUGCUGCAGACAUGGUUGUUAAAUGAAAAGCAUUGUUUUUGUUACGCAACAAAUGAACUGAAAUUAUUUUUCUUUGCUGUCAUAAAACUUAGGGGUGGAAAUCACUAGUGGCCCUGUGAUACGAUAUUAUCAUGAUACUUUGGCCACAAUACGGAACUUUUGUGAUUUUUAACAUUUUGCAAUACAGUGAAUAAUGAGAUACAAUAUAUUGUGAUUUAUACAAUUUUUUCAACUGUUUAGCUAUUUCAGCAUUUGUCUUUCGUUUAUGUUUUUCUUAUUUACACUGUGUUUUAUUUUCAUGUAGCACAUCUCCCAAACAUAAUAUAUAUUUGUUGUACUAAAGCUGCGUUCCAGUUACCUUGGAGGUCAGAUGACAGAGCUGAAAAUGACGUCACAACCGAGUUUGCAGAGUUUCAGUUACCGAGUGGGAAAAAAGCAAAAUCAGAGGCCUGAAACAAGAUGGCUAUAUCUACGAAAGUGAUUUUAACGCUAGCCUUAUAUCUGGACAAGGCAAGCACUAAAAUAACUUUCAUAGAUGUAGCCAUCUUGUUUCCGUCUCUGAUUUUGCUUUUUGGUAACUCAAACGCUGGUAACUUGGGUGUGACGUCAUUUUCAGCUCGGACUCCUGACUUCUGAGGUAACUCGAACGCAGCAUAACUCUCUCCUGCUCUAUGAUGUCACCUCUGCAAACCUCACUGGACAAACAGUGGAUUUUAUCCUACGAUUAUCAUAGAUUUGACUUCAUAUUAGCAAUUAAUUUGAAAAAUCGAUACUUCGUAAAUAAGAUGAUACAAUAUGCCACUAGACAAAAUAUCGCGAUACUAUGCUGUAUCAGUUUUUUUCCCACCCCUAAUAAAACUGUAGUAGCAAAUAUCAGCCUUAAUAAAUCCAUGGUUUGGGGUAAACUUUUUUAUUUUGAGACACAGAAGUGAUUUCUAGAGAAACAAUCUUGGCUUUGAAGUAACGGGAGGCAUUUUCAAGUCUGCUGUAGUAAUCAUGAGGACUCCAGAGUUUAGCCACAUUUGUUGUUCCUAAAUGUCUGUAAGAGUACUCACUCAAAAAUGACCUCUCUACCACCCCACACAGAACCCACAUGCAGGACCUGCAGGAAGUGACCCAGGACCUCCACUACGAAAACUUCCGCUCAGACCGUCUCAAGCGGGGUGGCAGGUUGUCCUCCCAUGGUUACGUUCUUCCUCUGUCUCCUGCGUACGUCAGCUUGCUUCUCUGCACCUCCCCCACUUCUAACAGCAAACCUCCGAUUAGAUCUGUGUCAUGAGUUUAUGCAGAAAACAACACAUAUGCAGGUUCUGAACACAUGACAUGAAAGAAGACAUGAGGAAGAGGAAACUGUGGAGAAUAAUCUUAGUUUAGAGAAUCAUGUUUUGAACCGGUUUUAGUUUCUAGUAUUGUAGAUCUAACUCCUCAUUUUGCAUGUGUAGCUGUUCAGUAAAGCAGUGUUUUUGAUAUAGUCUGUGGGCCCUGGUGGUUUGUGGUUUUACAUGGUUCGUAUGUAGCUAAAUAGAAUGUAGUUUUGGUAUCUGUGGAGGUUUUAGACCAGAUACUGUGCAAUUUAACAUAGUGUGAAUACUUCAUCAUUUAACCCUCAAAGUAGACCAGAGAGAUCCUUUAAGCCUUCCUCUGAAGCCAACCCAGGAUAAGGGAGUGGUUUUACUGCCUUCUCAUUGGCCCUCUGUCCAACGAUGGCUGUCCCGUCUUGAUUUGUUCAAUCCCAGGAGGUACCGUCUUAUUUUCCACUUUGAGGGAGAGGUAUUGCUGUUCUCCCGGCUCACUUGCUCGCUGUUCCUCUCUUGAAUCUUGCUGCUUCCAUCUCUUUGUAGUUAUGUGUUGUAGACGCCUACUUUUCUGCCACCACUAACCCACUGACUCUGCCCUCACUUUCUCAAUGUGGCUUUUUCUCAUGUUUGCCUCUUAAAAUGGUACAACGUGCACUUCCAGGCAUGCACACUCAAACACAAACUUCUCAGCCUAACCAGUCGUCAAGCUUUAUGAAUAAUCACACAAAGUAAUUUCACUGGAGCAUUUAACUUGAUGUUUGUUUGGUUGACUGGCAUAUAUUUAGCAGAAAUAUCAGAGGUUGAUUCUGUACGCCAAAGGUAACUGUAGUUGUGUCAUUGAUGCAGAAAGGGACCAGAGCCGGAGGAAAUGGACAAGGACAUGAUCCUGCAAGAGAAGGAGGCUGAGGUAGGAUGUUUUAUCCUUACAUACACACUACAUCAUUUUUUAAUGAACCGUCCUUCAUAUAAAAUAAACUUAUGUGCCAAGAUGACAGUAUUGAGACUACAGUAAUUUUGCACCUGUACACUAUCGAUGGGGGAACUUUUUAAAUCUAAAUUUAAAGCAGAAAAUAUAAUCUAAUUACGUCAUAGUUGUAGCUUUAUAUUCAGUUUACAAACUCAUGACUUGUCUGAGUUUUGUUGCGUAAUUCUUCACAAGGAGGCUUUUAAAAUCCAAAUCCAAAAUGUAAAAGUAGUCCUUUAAAGACCAUUCACUGUCCUGGUGGUGAGGUCUUAAAAAUAAUGCCAUCAUUCAUAUCAACAAUACUUGUACUGCAUUUGUUUUAGGUUAGAGAUAAUAUUAUGUUCUCUAUGUGCCCAUUUUCUACACAAAACUAACUAAGGGUGGGAAUCACCCCACGAUACGAUAUUAUCACGAUACUUGGGCCAAGAUACGAUUUUAUUGCGAUUUUAAACAUUUUGCAAUACAGUGAGUAUUGGGAUACAGUAUAUGCGAUUUAUACCAUUUUUUUUCAUCCGUUUAGCUAAUUUAGCAUUUGGCAAAAUUUGGCUUUCCUUAAUGUUUGUCUUAUUUACGCUGUAAUUUAUUUUCAUGUAGCACAUUUUGCGAACCUUAUAUACAUAUUUGUUGUAGUAACUUUCCCCUGCUCUAUGAUGUCACCUCUGCCAACCUCACUGGACAAACAGUUGAUUUUAUUUUUCCAUUUUCAUAGAUUUGACCCCAUAUCAACAAUUAAUUUGAAAAAAUUGAUACUUGGUCAAUGAGACGAUACAAAAUAUUGCGAUACUAUACUGUAUCCUUUUUUUUCUCCCACCCCUGAAAAUGAUGAUGCUUAGUGUUUUCAGUGCUUUGUCUCCUAAGCACAAAAUUGUUUUUUCGUUGCUAUACUCUCAGCAUUUAAAGUCGAAAGUAGUUAAACUAUUGAAACAGUAUUGUGCUCAUCAAUAUCACCUCUCUACUGCUGAGCAAAAUCAAGAAGAAAGGACUUCAGACAUCAGCUUUGUCAGUACCAGCGGCAGAGGUCUGUAUAGAUGUUGUUGUUUCUUCAUCUUACAUGGAUGUUCUUCUCCUUUCUACAGUUGAGACGAAUGCAGGAGAUGAUUGCCAAGAUGCAGGCCCAGAUGCAGAAGCACGGAGACGGAGAGGGAGACGGCCAACAUGUGUGAGAAGUCCACGGUAGGAGCUCAACCCACUCAUACACCCGAGUCUGCAGACACAGUGCACAGUAUUUCCCAAUGGCACACCUUAUCUCUUGUACAUGUGACCUAAAUACCAAGAGAAUACAUUCCCUCUGUAGACACUUGUGUUUGGUGACUCCAGGCUUAGGUUUUAGUUUCAAAUAUAAGAUAUGUAACUUUUCUUUUUACUUCCUUCUGCAGGUAUUUGAGCCACUGCCAGAGUUUGACUCAGAAGGAAGACUGAUAGCAGAGAUCAAGUGAAGACCUUCUGGUUAUUUGACUCUUCCUGCUUGCCACUAUUUUUUUAUUUCAGUCUCUUCUUAGAUCUGGAUUUCUUCUUUUUUUUAAUACAUUAAAUAUAUUCAAACAGUGUUACCUUUAUAUAUUCACACGGUUCUUUUUCUUUUCUUUUUUAUUUCACCUUUUUAAACAUUUGCCAGUAAUCGAAAUGAAGUCACAUGAUGUAUAUCUACAUAAACCAUAAACUCAUUGGGAUGUCUUCUUUUUUUUCCUCGUUUUUGUUACUGUAUUGUUAAUGCUGAGGAGAUAACUGAAAUGUUGCUGCUUUUGUUAAGUGCUUUUAAUGCGAGAACAUCUCCUAAAGCACAUGGUAACCUUCAUUGGGAGACUCAAAUGUGGUAAAACUAGUAGCAGAAUUUAAUUUUCAUGCAACUGUUAUGUCAUGAUCUCGAUUUUUAUUACAUAUUUCUGUAUCCCUGUAAGCCUGGGUCAUUACUAUCAUAGUUGUCUGCUCAUCUGCAUGAGACUCCCCACUCCAGGAUGAACAUUCUUUCCCCCCAUCAGUGCAGUUUUGGGACCAGCUUCUUCCUCUCCUGCCCAAACCUUUACUCAUUAGUGCAGUUCUCAGAUCAGUGUCUUAGCGUACAAUGGAAUUCAAGUGUUGUGAAGCUGCGUUCGAGAUUAGUACAAAUUAAACUGUGACCCUUGACCUCCAAAGUCUUCCUUUAGACCUGUCAAAUGAAGGACUGACAGAUGAGGUGCCACGCCUCUGUUUGGUGCUUUCAGUCAUCUUGAUGUAUUUCCUCCUCUCAGUAAAAUGAAGUCACGUGCCAGGGAGCACUUCCUGUUUCAUAUUUUCAUUGAAGCAGUGAGUAACUGCAGAGUUCUUUGUGGUUUCCAUAACGUCAGAGAUCACACAAGACCCGAUGAAGUCAUUGUAGCCAAUAUUUCCCUCACCAGCCAAGAUGUGAGUUCUUGACAUUCCUCUUUGUGCUGUUUAUACCCAAUAUUAAAAAAAAAACAGAACCAAAUAUUGUUUUUGAUGCAUAUAUUGUAAUAAAAGUUUUAUUAAACUUCA